AUGGACUUGCAAACACUCUUCUACAAUUUCGAGAUUGGUAAAGCUGUACACAGACUAAGUGGACAAAUACUUGCCUUGCCAUUGAUCUAUCGAGGAAUACACAGUGACCUGCACCUAGUCAUGUACGUGUUCUCACCUAUACUCCUUCAUACUCUACAGUUGGUAGGCCUGUGGCCUGUCUCCCUGGCUAGGUUACCCCUCAGAGGAGAGAUCGCCCGACACUCUAACCUCUGGUUAUUCUACUCUGCCUUUCUUAUGGUUGUUAUUGCGGUUGUCCUUUGUGGCUGGGUCUACGAGUUGUUCUUCAAUACAGAGGUUCCAGAACAAAGACGCUACACGACGACGACUUCACUGAUUAUGGCGGUCUCCAGUGCUCUCUCGACUUUCCUGGGAGCCCUCGUGUGUCUUUCUGUAGCCUUGCUCAGGUCUUCCAAGAAGAUUCUACUCCUGGAGCGACUGAGGGAAAUAGAUUUCCAACUCCAUAGAAACGCUCCAUCACACAACACACGAGUUGUCUCAUAUUUGGCUCUUGUAUACUGCUGCAUCAUGGUCAUCUAUGAUGUAAUAGAACACUUCAAUUACAUAUCGAUAUAUGCUAUAUCUGUGGCCUUUAAGAUAGUGCUAAUAUGUGGGCUGGUAGAACUGAUGGAGUUGGUACUCAGUGUAAAGGACAGGUUCCAGCUAAUCAAUCAACGAGUGGAAGAAUUGGUGAUGAGGUCUCGGACGAAGCAACUCUUGUGGACUGUUACACUCCCUUGUGUUGAGGCAUUUUCUAAUCCCCGAGUGAUGUCGCUGACUAUACCAGGCCUCAGUGAGACACACUGGAGUCUGUGCUGUAUAGUCUAUGAUAUAAACGUUGUCUACGGCUGUCAAAUGGUGGCUCUGAUGGUGUUCAUAUUCGCUCAUCUUGUAUUCUACCCGUACUUCUUAUUCCUUCUCUUCUCUAUGGACUAUAACAAAUUUCUCUAUGCCAUUCUUAUUGGCAACUGGAUAUUGUUAUAUGUGGGUGAACUUUACUUCUUGGUGUGGCCUUGUGCACAGGCUGUGGCAGAGCUGGAAAACUUCGCCCAGCAACUGUUCCACAGAGAUGUCGAGUUCUCCGCUUGUGGUCUGUUCAACCUUCACACGUCCAUCAUUGUGUCUGUAGCCAGCGCGGUUACUACCUACUUGGCCAUCAUCAUACAGUUCCAAACUUCUAGUGUUGGGGAGAACUCUACCUCUAUAACAACUGAUGUUAGUGUUAAAGUUUCUUAG